AUGACGCCAUUCGGAAGUCUCCCAGAGCAUAUUAUAAUUUACGAUACUUCUUUUCCUAUUGAUUCAUGGAAAACGGCAGCAUCAAUCGAAAACAAACCAAAUUGUGGGCCAACCUUAAUGAAUCAAGCCUUUGGUGUCGAUAAUCACAAUCGGUCAAUCAAUCGACCAUUAUUAUUCUUUAUUCUUUUCGUUGCGUUCUUCAGCUUAAUAUUUAUCAAUAUUACUGUUGUAAUUGUCAUGCAAAAGUUGAAGAAAUAUCAUAACUCGGGAUCUGCUUCGAGCUAUGCGGAUAUGAUGAGUAUCGAUUAUGAAACUCCCACGCGAGACAUAGGAAUAAAAAUAAGAGUAACAUUCACAAUACCAAUUAAAAUAUCAUCUAUUCUUCGUGAUUCGAUUUCAACGAUGAGCAAGCACUCAUUUUAUAGGAUGCACUGGCGUGACAUGGAAUGGUAUGACAACAUUUUUGAUGUUAUGGACGACAAUGAAGACAUGCUGGAAUGUACACCGGUAGAGUUAAACCGUUACUAUAUGUUAGGUCAACUUCCAGCAAAUGCAGAAGAACAAUACGAGAUCGAGGCGAGUGGAAUAAAACCAGACAUCGAGACAAUAUUGUCGACUACUUAUACUGAUGAUAAUCAAACAAAAAUGACAACAGAUGCAGAAAAGAAAACAGAAAACAAGACGACAGACAAGAACAAUGAUGGUGAUAACGGCGACGACGAUGACGACGACGACGACGAUGAUGAUGAAGAAGAAGAAGAAGAAGAAGAAGAAGAAGAAGUUCUAUCACAACAACUAAGCCAGUUAUCUACAGAGGGUAGUCUAGAAGAAGAGACUAUCAAGUCCAAUCGAAAGAGAACACGAAGUACAACUAGAAGUCUAGAUGUUGCUCCAAAAAAGAUGAAACCUACGCGAAAUGACACUGCUAAAGAACAAAAUACUAGUGAGAGUAUUGAACAAGACAAAUCAAAUGAUAUACCAAGAUAUUUAUCAUUAACGAACCCUGAAUUUCUUCGUGUUAUUGAAAAUAUUCAAAAAACAACAAACUCGAUUGGUCUGAGCGAUAUACAGAUGCUAGCACUAUUGAUGCAUCGUAUCACGAUCCUUCGUAUUCAAAAACACAUCAAUAUUGUAUAUCUGCAAUCCGGUACGGGUCAAUUGAAUGAUAGCAGUUCGGACUUAAUCGAAGUUGAUCGACGAGUUUGGCAUAAAGACAUCAAAUCAAUCCUGUCGAUGAAACGCGCACAGACAAGUGCUUCUGUAACAGUGGAGGAAAUCACUUCAAACGAUGAACAAGCCAAUUAUGAAAAUCUUAUCAAUAGUCGUCUACAAGAAACCAAUGAGAAAAUCGAGCAAUACACUCAACAACUCACUGAUAAGAAGAGCAACUUAACUGAAUUUACAACAGCAAGUGAGGAGAUAAUCGUUCAGUAUGUCCAACAUUAUGGUAUUAUUCCACUGCAAAUGAAAAGAGAUUUCAAAAUAGCUGUACUCAAACAUGACUACAAUGGCAUCAUUCUUCAAAGGAAGUACGAACAAGAAAAUCCAAAUGAAUAUCAAGUUGAAAUCGCUGAACGGCUAUGUACAGCAAAGUAUGAAUCGGAGAAAUCGAAACGUGAACUGAUUGAAUUAAAACAACGAGUUUUUUACUACAAAUUUGACACCUUUGUCAAAGAUGUCGAGUUAUCAUCCUUAUUGUCUUCUGCUUCUGCGGUCACAUUCAAUGAUAAACACCAACGACUGGCUCAACGAAAGAAACUCGACCUAUUUGCUUCACACAUAUCCAGAGCUGAGCUCAAGUACUAUCAGACUGAAACCAAAUUCAAGUCCGAAUACAAAAAGAUGCUAGAUAAUCACCGGAAUCUUGUGCGUGACAAAGGUAUGACAACAUCCCUGAGAAAUCUAUUAGAACAACGUCUGACCAAUAUAACUGAUCGAUUGCGAACUAUUCAUUAUCAUCGAAUUAAUUACUUUCUUCGAAGUUCUUAUGGUGACUGGGAAAGUAAAUCGCAGGAUACACAGACGAUCCACACUCGUGAAUUCUUAUCAAAUGUGAUGAUUGAUACAAUGCAUGAACUGAGUCCAAGACAAAUGCAAUUACUUAGUCGCGGACCCACUUACGUUCCACCUUGUCAGUCACGACUUUCGUCUUUUUCGAAAUCAGCACCAACAUCAACAUCAGACAUCGUGAAAAAGCAGUAUGCACCAUUGAAACAUCAAAUAGCUAGCUUGCUUUCGAAACAUCGUCUGAGUAUCGCUUCUUCAUGGGAUAUUCGUUCAAAUAUUUGCUACAAGUUUACUAAUUUAUUCGCUAUUUCGAUUCCAUAUAACAUGCAAAAGCGUGCUAUCGAUGAAAUCAAAUUAGUCCAAUCCAUACGAUCUUCCUUGAAGACGAACAAUCUUAUCCUCAGACGGACAGCCGACAAUCAAAAUACUUUUUAUAUCGGAAACAGAGAAGAAUUCGAACUAAAAGGAAAUAAAUUUCUUUCAGGAUUAGAAGACGUCUAUGAAUGUGUAGGGAUCAUUGGCAAGGAUAAUAGCGACCACAAAGAAAAUCAAAUAGAGGAUCCACUAUAUCUACUGAGCGGAAGAAUCGAAGCUAUCAAUUUCGCAUUAGAAACAUUGCAAAAACGCAAAGCAUUAGAGAAGGACACAAUCAGCAAGUUAAUAAUUGAUUCAAAGAAUGUGAAGUUACCAUAUCUCUACUUCUUGCCUGACAUGUUAAAGGAAGAUGAAAUGUCGCUUGUACCAAUCAUAGUUGCACAUCAAAGCAUCACAUCGAAUAUUGCAACAUACGUUAACCAACUGAUUGGACCAUUUGCUAAUGAGAAGAUGAAACAAUGGACAUUUUGUAACGAAGCUGAUUUUAUGACAAAACUCAUAACUUAUGCAUGCGACCAACAUCGUCUCAAACCAACAACCCUUUUCUGUACAAUUCAAAUCACUAAUUUCUAUUCGCUGGAUGUACACAGUGAAAUGAUUGCUACCGUCAUUGCUUUCUUACGAGAUAAAUCGGCAUACAACAAAGUCAACAAAGUCUCAAUUAGCAUCAUCGAAAACCUUUUACAAUUAUUUCUCUAUCAAAAUCUCUUUUCGUAUCAAAAUAAAAUCUACAUCAUCAAAAAGGGCAGUCCACGAACAAUGUCAUUAAGUGAAACCUUGGCGAAUAUUUACCUCUAUGAUUGGCAAAAGUCCAUACUGAACCAAUUUGAAUAUAAACAAGAACUCUUCGGAAGACACAAAGAUCGCAUCUUUUUCACUUGGAAUAAAUCUUCCAACAUACUUCAAGCGCAUCUAGAAUCGUUACAAAAACAACAUCCCAGUGUUAAGUUUCGACUAUCCAUUGGUCCAAAUGUCCAUUAUUGGAAUACUUACAUUGAAAACCGAAGGGGUGAGCUCUACACUCGAGUCUAUCACGAUCCGAUGGCCCUACGUUACACAAUGCCCUACGUCGUUGGCCAUUCCAAGGUGCAACAUAGUGAAUGGCUUCGAUCAGCACUUCUUCGAGCUGUAUGCUAUUGUUCAUCAGUUGAAGAUUUUCAUCGAGAACGCAUCUAUCUCGAACUGACUUAUCUUGCCAAUGGCUACUCGUUUUACUUUGUGGAAAGUCAUGUGCAGAAUUUCUUCAACUAUUUCGAGGAUGAUUUGAUGCGAUAUUCUUCAGAUCAAACCAGCUAUGACACAUUUCGUCGACGAUGGUUUGACUUGUUCGAGUUACAGAGCCAACGCAUGGAAAAACUCCAACAGCUAGACGCUAACAAGAAAGUAGCUCGUUUCAGUUAUUACUAUGAUUAUGGCCCACGAUGUGAAUUCAACCAAUACUUUCGUGAACUAUGGUCAAAACAGUUUGCGUCUCAUUCGACGCUAUCCAAUGAGAAAUUUAAGAUUUUCCUAACUACAAAACACAUUUAUUCACUCAAUACAUUGUUAUCGUCUUUUUAA